AUGGUCCGGACCAAGGAGUGGGAUAGGGGAGCUUUUACUGCUUUUUUCACUGAUAGCGAAGAUUCAGAAGGGGAUGAUCUGGGUCCUUCAUCUGCCAUGCCCCGUGUUGCUGUUUUAUCGGAAAAGUUUACUGUGAAAGAGGUUUCAGAUAGACAGGUGUUGUUUACUCCGGACGGUUGUUGGGCAGAUUACAAAUAUUACUUUGUAAAGAAGGCUCUAGACGUUUCUGAGACCCAGUACUAUCGGGAUUUGAGUAGCUUGUAUCGUCACAAGCUUCCGAAUGGGGAUCCUGGUCCUUAUAAUAAGGAGGAGGUUGAUUCUAGGUUUGCGAAGUUCGAUAUGGCCCAGGGCCCUUAUCCUCUGAAGGAGAGCUUGACCUCUUUGCCUGCGGAGGAGAUGGAUAGAGUGGUGAGGUCUGCUUUUCAGCUAGGUCCGGAGAUAGAGUGGAGGUGGCCUGAACCGGGGGAGAGAAUUUAUCAUAGACCAGCUGAUGGAUUCGUUCCUGUUUGGUUAGAGCAUCUUAGGUCCGGGUGGAACCCCCGGUGGCAUAUCUUCUUCAAACACUUAUGCAAGUAUGUGUAUAAGUGUUCACCGAUGCAGAUAACGCCGAAUGGAAUCAAGUGGAUGACUUGGUUCCUAGCUACUUGUAACAGGAUGGGGAUUCAGCCUACCUUUAAGUUGUUUCAUCUGGUCUUUCUCUUAGUUAAGUCUACCCAGGAACCUUUGUAUGAGUUGAGAUUUCGGGCUGCGAGGUGCGGGUACGGUCCGGGCCUUGCGAGGCCAAUGGUUAUGCAGACUUCGUUGAAGCAUUGGAAUCAUGAGAUAAUCCUUUUGAGAGGUCUUGAUCUGGGGUACAUGCCUUAUAUUGCGACCGAGGGGGUGGAGACGGACUUUUUUCCACCUGUUUUAAAAGACGAUGCUUUGCGGCAGGUCUUUGAUUUCUGUAAUUUCUUUGGGCAACAGUUCACCCGGGAUACCUUCAUGCAGCAUCCCAAGUUAUAUAAGUGGGGAUGUUUACCCUAUUUUGACAAAGAGCUUUGGACUAUGUCUUCUGAUGCGUUGGCUGCGUCUUUGAAGAAUUUGGGUUCCUCCCACAUGAAGAAGAAAUCUGGUUUGAAGGCAGGAUCUGGGUCUUCUGCCCGUGAGAUGGAGUCCGAGUCUAGUGUCCCAAGGGUGAGUCCGGAUCCAGCUGUGAUUGUUGAUGUGGAGAUGGGUAGCCCCGAGCCAGUCAAGAAGGUUGACAAGAAGAGAAAGAAGCCGGGGAAAAAGAGCAUGCCCACGGGUUCUACUUCUGGCCCCGGGAAGGCAAUCAUGGAUGAGUUGGACUCGGAUGAUGACGAGGAUGGACUCCGGGUUGGUGACCAUUCUGUGAGGGAUGUGGUGAAGGUUAUGUCUGAGUUGCCUUCGGAUUCAGAUUGGGCUGAGAUGGGGGAAGCCGGAAUGGUGGGGAUGUAUAAGAAAGCUGCUGCGGUUUGGGGUCAAAUGGGUGCUACGAUUGCUGGGAUGGUCACCGUGAGUUUUGAUCAGCUGAGGAGGGAGAAGGCGGCUUCGGACGACAAGGAUGUUCGGAUCGAAUCCUUAGAUUCCGAUCUGAAAUUGGCCAAGUCCUCUGUUGAUGAUCUGAGCGAGAAGUUGAGGGUAGCUGAGACUCGGGUGUCCGAGUUCGAGACUGAGAUCGAGGGUCUGAAGCGGCAGCUUGCUGAGAGGAAAGAGCCUGCAGCGGUGAUUUCUGAGUUCCAGAAAUCUGAUGAGUAUGAUCGUGCUUUGGCUGGUGCUGCGUCGGCCGAGAUCCUUCGGUGUUGGAUUGUGGCUGAGAGACACAUCAAGUCUGACCCGGAGGCGGACUUUGAUAGUUUUUGUAACAUGUUCGUCAAGGCCAAGAAGGACCUCGAAAAAGGUCUCGGGGAACCAAAAUCGUAUGACGGGCCGACUCCCAGCUUCCUUCCUAAGAUCCUGGACUGAGAUGCUAGUCUGGAUUAGCAUGAUGAUGAUGUGUAGCUUCUUUAGUUUUUGCCAAGAACUCGUAUUUAUGAAUUCUCUAUUGUGUAAUUCUGAACUUGUCUUUAUAUCUGGUCUUGGUUGUACCUUCUAUUUUGUAGCCUUGGACUUACUUUGUAGCCUUGGACUUAUCUUGUAGCCUUGGACUUAUUUUGCAUUUAGAAAAUUUUCUAAGUGAUGGUUGCUUAACGAUUUCUCUACUUGAAAAAAUAUUCCAAGUAAUGAAUAAAUCAUGAAGUCCGGAUUGAUUGCUUAACAAAUUCUCGCUUUGAAAAAUAUUUCAAUAAAUAAUGAGAUCCGGAUCGGUUGCUU